GCUUCGACGCUUUCCAUGGCCGCCUCCCUCUCCUCCCCUCCCUCCUUCCACCUCCUCCCCGCCCCCACGCCCCGCCUAUUCCCCAACUCCACAGCCACUCCCCGAGCAAAGCGCAAGAGCAAUUGCAGGAAGCCUCGUCCCUUGUCCUGCUCCGCUGCCACGUCACCGUCCCCCUCAGCCUCGCCCACCACCACCGCCGGUGCGGCCAAGGCCGGUUCAUGGAGGGACCUAUGCGGCCUCAACGCCUGGGUGGUGGGUGACUACUACCGCCUCGUCUCCGCCGUCAACGCACUCGAGCCGCCUCUUCGGAGGCUUUCCGACGAACAGCUGAAGGGCAAGACGGAGGAGUUCCGCGCGCGCCUGGGCCGCGGGGAGACGCUCGCCGACGUUCAGGCAGAGGCGUUCUCUGUGGUGAGGGAGGCGGCAAGGAGGACGCUCGGCAUGCGGCACUUUGAUGUUCAGAUUAUUGGCGGUGCCGUGCUCCACGAUGGGUGCAUUGCGGAGAUGAAGACCGGCGAGGGGAAGACACUCGUGUCGACCUUGGCAGCUUAUCUCAAUGCACUGACUGGGGAUGGAGUUCAUGUGGUGACUGUAAAUGAUUAUCUGGCACAGCGAGAUGCUGAAUGGAUGGGUCGCGUUCAUCGUUUUCUUGGCCUAACUGUCGGUCUAAUUCAGGCGGGUAUGAAGUCUGAUGAGAGGAGAGCCAACUAUAUGUGUGACAUUACAUACACUAAUAACUCGGAGCUUGGAUUUGAUUAUCUUCGUGACAACUUGUCACGUAAGAAAGAACAGUUAGUCAUGAGAUGGCCAAGACCAUUCCAUUUCUCUAUCGUGGAUGAAGUGGACUCAGUGCUUAUAGAUGAAGGAAGAAACCCAUUGUUAAUAAGUGGAGAGGAUAAUAGAGAAGCAGCACGGUAUCCAGUUGCUGCUAAAGUUGCAGAUCUUCUCAUAGAGGGUGCUCAUUAUACUGUAGAACUGAAGGGCAAUAAUAUAGAUCUAACAGAGGAUGGAGUUACUUAUGCUGAGAUGAUUCUUGGGACCAAUGAUCUGUGGGAUGAGAAUGAUCCGUGGGCAAGAUUUGUGACAAAUGCAUUGAAGGCCAAAGAGUUCUAUCGAAGGGAUGUACAGUACAUUGUUAGGAAUGGAAAAGCUCUCAUAAUUAAUGAGCUUACUGGUCGAGUCGAACCCAAAAGGAGGUGGUCUGAUGGUAUUCAUCAAGCAGUAGAAGCAAAAGAAGGCCUCAAAAUCCAGGCAGACUCAGUAAUUGUGGCUCAGAUUACGUAUCAGUCUCUGUUUAAGCUUUAUCCUAAGCUUUCCGGGAUGACAGGUACUGCUAAGACAGAGGAAAAGGAAUUUCUGAAGAUGUUUAAGAUGCCAGUUAUUGAGGUGCCCACAAAUCUGCCAAAUAUACGGGUGGACUUACCUAUCCAAGCUUUUGCGACUUUAAGGGGUAAAUGGCAAUAUGUCCGGGAAGAGGUAGAGUCUAUGUUUCAAUUGGGCCGUCCUGUUUUGGUUGGAACUACCAGUGUUGAGAGUUCAGAAUACCUGUCGGAUCUUCUUAAGUCUCGUAAUAUUCCUCACAAUGUACUUAAUGCAAGACCAAAGUAUGCUGCUAGAGAAGCUGAGAUAAUUGCACAGGCUGGAAGGAAACAUGCAAUUACAAUUUCAACGAACAUGGCAGGCAGAGGGACAGACAUCAUUUUAGGUGGCAACCCUAAGAUGCUUGCAAAAGAAAUUGUAGAAGACAAUGUACUUCCAUUUCUAUCGCACGACACCCCAGAUGUCGAAACUGAGGGGGAGUCCACAUCCCACAAGGGUCUUUCCAAGAUAAAACUCGGGCCAUCGUCACUAGCUCUGCUUGCCAAAGCUGCAAUCAUGGCAAAAUAUGUUCACAAAAGUGAGAGCAAUGAAUGGUCUUUUCAGAAGGCGAAAUCCGCUGUUAUGGAGUCAAUUGAAAUGAGUAAUACAAUUGGCUUGGAAAAACUACAAGAGCGUGUGGCUGAAGUGACUGAGAUGUACCCUCUUUGUGAUGCAAUAGCACUUGCUUAUGCCACUGUCUUAAAGGAUUGCGAAAUUCAUUGUUUUGACGAGGGUGCUGAGGUGAAGACAUUAGGUGGGCUUCAUGUAAUAGGAACUUCUUUGCAUGAGUCGCGUCGAAUUGAUAACCAAUUACGUGGUAGAGCUGGCAGACAAGGUGAUCCUGGUUCCACACGGUUUAUGGUGAGCUUACAAGAUGAAAUGUUCCGGAAGUUUAAUUUGGACACAGAAUGGGCCGUGAGACUAAUAUCAAGGAUAACAGAUGGCGAAGACAUAGCGAUCGAGAGCAAUGCUGUUGUAAAACAGCUUCUAGGCCUUCAAAUCAAUGCAGAGAAGUAUUAUUUUGGCAUAAGGAAAAAUCUUGUUGAGUUUGAUGAAGUCUUGGAGGUCCAAAGAAAGCACAUCUAUAGCCUUAGGCAGGUGAUAUUAUCAGGUGACUCUGAAAGCUGCAGUGAACAAAUUUUCCAGUACAUGCAAGCUGUAGUUGAUGAAAUUAUUCUGGGAAAUGUUGAUCCCCAGAAGCCACCUAAGACGUGGGAUUUGGCAAAGCUUUUGGAUGAGCUUGCCAGUCUAGGCGGAAAUUUGCUGACAGAAACAUUCAAGGAGACCCAAGAGGAAGACCUACAAUCAUCACUUGAGCAAAUACUUAGAUAUGGCUCUGUGGAGGUCGAUAAUUUUGUUCUCCCAAACAUGCCAGUGCCACCUAAUUCAUUCAGGGGAAUUCGUAAGAGAACAUCUUCAGCAAUGCGAUGGUUUGCCAUGUGUGUUGAUGAUACAUCAAAGAAAGGGAGAUAUACAAACAUUGUCAAUCUUCUUCGGAAAUAUUUUGGGGAUUUUCUAAUAGCUACCUACCUGGAAGUGCUGCAAGAGUCCCGUCAUCAUGAUGCGUACAUCAGGGGAAUUGAGAGGGAAGCACUUCUGAAGACACUUGAUAUGUUGUGGAAGGACCAUUUAGUUAACAUGAACAAGCUUAGUUCUGCGGUGAAUGUCCGGAGCUUUGGGCACAGAAAUCCUCUGGAGGAGUAUAAGAUUGAUGGCUGUCGGUUCUUCAUCUCAAUGUUGAGUGCCACACGACGAUUGACAGUCGAAGCCCUACUCCGUUACUGGUCAUCUCCAAUGGAAUCUGAAGAGAUAUUCAACACUGCGGAUCAAUAGCCGAGUAACAUCACAUCUGAUGAAUCUUUUUCCUCAAGAGACUGCACACCCAGAUACUUCUGAUGCAUGGCCAGUGCAAUCUCAUAUUGUUUGAACGUGUUUCGUGUCUAGAUUGCUGGCUUGGUUCCUCAUCAGUGGGGAAGUCUCUUAACACAGGCUUGACUGGGAUGGCAGCCAGGUGACAUUAGGGUUAGGCUUUCUGCUUUUCAUAUGGAUGGCCUUCCCCCGGAGUCUUAGAUAUACUCCCUCCGUUCCAAAAUAGAUGACCCAACUUUGUACUAACUUUGUACUAACGUUAGUACAAAGUUGAGUCAUCUAUUUUGGAACGGAGGGAGUAGGUUACAAGACAAUAGACAUUAACCACUAUCUAGUACGAGUAGAUAACUCCAGCAACGAGUUAACUCUGUAGAAAACGCAACUUGAUAUAGAUGAAGUGCAGACAGGGGAUGUAUAUUACAUAACUGGAUCUAGGUGAUGACGCACACAUGAAGUGCUCAUCAGUUUUUGCCAGUGACAAUCAGAGCUUCAUUAUAUGUUGCAACUCCAAGUAAAAUACAGAUUUGCGCA